ACGCUUAUUACAUCACACAUUGUGAAAUUAAGGUGCAAGAGGGAGAGGUAUAUAUAGUAGCAUCCCUCGUUCAGUUUCAAUUGCAAGAGAAAUACGAAAAAAGAAGAAAAAGAAAACCCUAUUGGAGGGCAUAGACACAACACAACACAACACAAUGGAUUGGGUCUCAGACACUGUCAAAUCAAUUCAACUCAGACAAACACUCACCCAGUUCGUCACUCUCGGCAUGGUUUUAUCAUCGGCACUGAUAAUGUGGAAAGGGUUAAUGUGUGUUACCGGAAGUGAAUCACCCGUGGUCGUUGUUAUCUCCGGAAGCAUGGAACCUGGUUUCAGACGAGGUGACAUUCUGUUUUUGCACAUGAGCAAGGAUCCCAUUCGUGCAGGAGAGAUUGUGGUUUUCAAUAUAGAUGGAAAAGAUAUUCCAAUCGUUCACCGUGUAAUUGAGGUUCAUGAACGUCAUGAUAUUGAAGAAACAUACAUCCUCACUAAAGGAGACAAUAAUGACGUCGAUGACAGGGUUAUGUAUAAUCGUGGUCAGCGUUGGUUGCAGCAACACCAUAUUAUGGGAAGAGCUGUUGGGAUCUUGCCUUAUGUAGGUUGGGCUACAAUAAUAAUGACUGAAAAGCCUAUUGUCAAGUAUAUAGUAAUUGGGGCAUUGGGACUGCUGGUUUUAACAAUAAAGGAAUAGGGAUGCCAUUCUUGAUACAUGACUUACACAAGUUUAGCUUUCUUAAGGAGGAAGAGUGUAAGAAAGGAUCAUAUACGAUGUAAAAGAAUCUCAGAUUUUAUCUUUUUUACUUUAUAUACAAAUUUUAAAGGAGGUUCGGUCCUGAAAGUUUCUAUGUCCGUGGCAAA